GCCACCGUAGCAAAGAGCCAACCGAAAACACCCGCCUCGCCCUCCGUCAGCCACUACUCAGUCCAGACUCCAGACUGCAGUCUGCGGACACAAAAGUCACGCGUCGUCGUCAUGAUCGCGACGCCAUCGCGCGCUCGCGUCGCGCUCCCGCGGGCAAAGUCUUUCCUUCCCCACACGCACCGCGUCGGCCGUCGGGCAAAGUUUAAUGCGGCGUGCGAAGGAGCCAAGAAGUUACUGCACGCCCUUCUCUUCUCCCUCCGCGGCGUUACAGACCUGCCGUUUCCUCCUCGUUCUCACACUCCGUCCGUCGCCCACGAGCCACCGGGCCGCGCACCGGCCGCCACCGUCUCCGGCCUGACCUGACCGGCUUGCAUCGAUGGGUGCGCUUCCGCAACCAGACCCCAAGAACACUUCGUCCUGCGACGAUGGCCAAGGCCCAGAUCCCUCGUGCCCGCCUGAUGACGUUCCAGCUUCACCGCUGCCUUACCCUCUUCCUCCUCCUCCUCCUCCUCCUUCCCCCGCCUCCCACGGCCGGAGCACCUUCGUCACCGCCCUCAUCAUCGCCGUCCCGGUGCUCGCCUUCCUCGCGCUCUGCCUCUCCAUACUCAUCUUCGUCCGGCGCAGGCGGCUGCGGCGAGAGGCGCUCCUCGAAGCCGCCGCGCUGGCCCCGGCGGCGCCCGGCACCUUCCCCGACGACGGCGACGGGGGAGAAGGAGAAGUCGUGCACCACGCGUGGCACAUCCGGACCGUCGGGCUCGACGACGCGGCGAUCGAGUCCAUCGCGCUCACGCGGUACCGCGACGGCGUGCUCGGCGCCGCCGCCUCCGACUGCACCGUCUGCCUCGGCGAGUUCCAGGACGGCGAGCUCCUCCGGCUGCUCCCCAAGUGCGCCCACGCGUUCCACGUGCAGUGCAUCGACACCUGGCUCCGCGCCCACGUCAGCUGCCCGCUCUGCCGCGCCGACGUGAUGGUGGACCAUGCCGCCGCCGCCGCCGCCGCCGCGGGCGCCGACGCCGAGCAUCCCCCGGGGGGCGAUGCUGCCGACGCCGCCUCGGCCGAACAGUCCGCGAGCAAUACCCAGACCAUGGAACUGGAGCGGCCCGGCCAGCAGGCCAACGAGCAGCAAGAGCUGCGUGUCCAAAUCGAUCAGCCCCACCACUCCAGCUCGCUGUCGCUGGAACUGGACCGACGACCACGUCGGCAGAUUCCGCGCCCCGGAGCACGGGCACGGAACUUUCGGCGGGUGGCAUCCAUGGACUCGCCGGCGCCGCCGACGCCUGAAGACGAGCAGGCCGGUGGCGAGAAGCAGCAGGGGACAGGCGGUGCUGUUUGUGUUUGCUGCGAGGUGUCACCAGGACCUGGCCGCCAGCUGAAUCGCCCCGCCAUGAAGAGGUCAUUGUCCGCCAGCAGCCGGUGGACGCUCCUCUCGCGGCAUUGCCGCACGCGCAGCUCGCUUCUGCCGCUCUGACGGAACGGGGAUCUCUACCUGAUCUGCUGCGUAAGGAUGGAUUUUUUUGCCUGUCAGUGAUCACGCUUGUUUCUGCUGAUACUCUGUACAGUUUGCGAGUUGAGCGCAGAGGUUUUGCUCUACAGUCACACAUGCAUUUCAGACAGGUACAGAAAAAUGAAACUCUCGCUGCGCUGGAGAAACACUUGUAUACAGUACACCUCGUUUAUAUGGUAGAUUGGUAGUAAUAAGCUUGUUCAUUGCAAGCUUCAGAGGAAUGCCUGGACUGCUGUAUAAAAAAUCCAAAUGUUCUUCCUGUAACUGAAACUCCAUCUACUCGUAUUUCUUUCUUUUUUAAUCCGAGCACCGAGCUCAAGCACAUUUUUUCUC